UUCACCCUCGCGGCAAACCAGAAAUCACCGUCUCCGUCGAAUCGCGUCCUCCCCUUCUCUCUCUCUCUCUCUCUCUCUCUCGCCCACUCCGAGAGCCGAAGCAGCCAUCGACGGCCGUCCUCCGAGCUCCCCCGCCACCGGCCCCGAUCGGUCGCCGGAAAACCCCCGAAUCGGAGCGCUCCGGCAGUGGAUGCUCGCUUCUCCGAGAAGGAAAGCGGGAGCGGAGGAAGUCGCGGCGGGGCGCGUGGAAGGCAGAGCGAGGCGGGGAUCGAUUCGAUCGGAAGGAUGAGGUCAUCUUCUUCUUCUUCUUCUUCUUCCUCUUCGGGAAGGAUCGACAUCGCCGCGAGCGCGCAGAGGCUCGACGUCGACAACAGCAUCGCGCUCCGCUACUACUACAGGAUCGCCGACAACGUCCUCAAGCAGGCUAAUAUAUUCCGACAGGAGAAUAAUAUUGUAGAUCUGUAUGUUAUGCUUCUCAGGUUUUCGAGUUUGGUUUCCGAAACCAUUCCUCGCCAUCGAGAUUAUAGAGCAUCUUCACAAAACAAGAAGGUUUUACUGAAAAAGCAACUUAGGAUUGCAGUGACUGAGCUGGAGAAAUUGCAGCCCAAAGUGCGGCAGAAAAUUGAUGAUGAUUCUAACAGGAAACAGGCGAACCAGAUGAAUAACUGGGGUUAUCGUAAUCAAAGUAAUUCUCUGGAAUGGACUCCUGUCAGAAAGCAGACUUCGACAAAUUACGACAUGAAAGUGGUAUCGAGACCAGCUUCUCUACUGUCAAAUUAUCAAAGUACAACGAUCCAGCCGCCUCUGCAAUCCAGUCCACUGAAUGAGCAAUUCCGCAAAUUAUCACUUAGCAUGGUGCGCCCGAAGGAGGAGACUCUCUCCAGGCAUUCUAUUUUAGGGCCUAAUGGACUUAAUGGGCACUGGCAGCCACCUAGGAGCGAUAAAGGGGUUCAAUAUCCAAGCAACAUAGACUUGACUCCGGUUGAAAUACCCAGAAGCAGGCUGCUACCAUCUGUAGAAGACAAACAUGCAAUUAAGAAGGACUCCACUGAUUUGGAAAAGGGAACAUCCAGUUUGGUUUCAAAUCUCGUUGUUGAUGAUGGCAACAAGUUGCCUCAAACUGAGGAAGAACCUCUGAUGAUCUCCUUUGAAACUACAGAAACAACUGUUCACACAGAUAUCAUUCGACAGCCAUCUCCUCCUCCUGUUCUGGCAGAAGUGCAAGAUUUAAUUCCAGGAGUGUCUCACGAACAUAAUGAUCUAACGUGUGGUUUGGAUAAGCCUGCAUCUCAUAAUUAUGUUUGUUCAGAGUCUCCCCUGCAGUUGCACAUUUCAACGGCAUUGAUGAAUACCUUUAUGAAACUGGCUAAGAUCAAUACUGACCGUAAUUUGGAAACGUGUGGCAUCCUUGCAGGUUCACUUAAAAAUAGAAAAUUCUUUGUCACUGCCCUAAUCAUUCCAAAGCAGGAAUCAACAUCGGAUUCUUGCCAGACCACAAAUGAAGAAGAGAUAUUUGAAGUGCAAGAUAAGCAAUCUCUUUUUCCACUCGGGUGGAUUCAUACGCAUCCUACACAGUCCUGUUUCAUGUCAUCGAUCGAUCUUCAUACCCAUUACUCAUAUCAGAUCAUGUUGCCAGAAUCUGUUGCCAUAGUAAUGGCUCCAAGAGAUGGUUCGAGAACCCAUGGGAUUUUUCGGUUGACGACACCCGGUGGCAUGUCAGUCAUAAGACAGUGCCAGCAGCGCGGGUUUCACCCUCAUAACCAGCCUUCGGAUGGCGGGCCAAUUUACAAGGCGUGUACAGAUGUUUACAUGAACCCGGACCUUAAAUUCGACAUCAUUGAUCUGCGAUGACCAGAAUUCUGGCAUCAGAACUGGUAAUUGUCUACCGUGCAAUUGUCGAUAGCAUAUACGAAUAUGAUGUCUUUGUUUUUUUUUUUUGGGGAAAUUCUGAUUUAGCCCAUGGUUGUACAUAAGACAGGAAGAGCUAGACUGUCCCAGUUGGCCUGUAUUGUGUGAGAAAUUGAUAUGAAGUCAUCUGGGAAGCUACUGCUUGUCUUGAAGAGAUUUUUAUCUGUCU